CAUCAUUUCCCCCAAGCACCCUAUCCAUUCUUACCUCUAUAAUGUCCCAGAGAGACUAUGAAGAAUUGCCCACUCUCCCCUGCAUACACACGUGUAGCUCACCAGGCAGAGCAAGAUGUCACAUGACAGUGAGAAGUGAACUCAAUCCGCCACCUUGAAGAAGGGCAAACUAGAUUCGUGAAGCUAUGGGAAGAUAUACAACAUAGAGUCAUGUUGCCCAUAACUAAAAUGGCGGCGGCUGGUACUGCUGCCUAAUGUCAAAGUGUUCUAAGCCUGUUUCUUGCUACAUUGUGUCUGAUGGUGAGAGACUGUGGGCUGAUGGCGGCUGUGCUGAGCAGGUUGGUGAAUCCAAUAAAGGGGACUGCUGAGAAUUGAGCAGGAAGUGAACAUUGUAGGCUGGAGUAUCAGAAGCAGGACACACUGUCAAACUCAGCUAUUUUGGCAUAAAAUGUUUAAUUCCCAGGAGUUUUUGGAGUAGUGAAUGACCCCCAAUUUGUAUUGUAAUGAUUUAAGGGGACACUAUAGUCACCAAAACCACUGCAGUUUAAUGUAGUGACCGGCGCUGCAUGGGGAAAAAAGGUGAGUAAAAACACCUUUCCCAUGCGAGCAAGGACAGUUGGAGACCUAAAUUGUUAAACAUUAUAGUAUCAGGAAUACAUGUUUCCUGACACUAUAGUGUUCCUUUAAAGAAACAUUUUAAGUACCACAGUGGUUAUAGUACUUGACGUGUCCUGCCUGCCGCUGUUCCAUGAUUAGUUGUCAAACUGUUUUAGAAUGGUUUAUAGCUUAUACGUGGGUCCGCAGCGGUAGGUUAUGCUCCAGAGGUAAGUAUGUUUUACUUCUACAAAUAAUAAAAUAAAAAAUUGUUUUACUCAGCACUGUUUAACCCAGUAAAAAUUUCAGUAGUGUUUACUGAGUUUAAAGAACAAGGAAGGAGCAACAGUUCUGUUUUAAAGGCAUUUAAAGUGCCACUUCUGGGGUGUUUGCAUAUUUAAUUCAAAGACUCGCUCACUGAAUUGGAGCACACUGGAAGGUAGGUUUGCAUUUAGGUAAUGGUAAAGUAGUAAAAACUGCUAUAAUAAGUCAUAGAACCCGAUUUAGAGACAAUGAAUCACAACUUAGGAAUGUCCCUAAAAACACAGGACUGUUGUUAGUUAUGGACAUCAAAUUGAUGACUAUUGUUAUCAACCUUAAUGUAUUGGGAUGAUGAUUUUGUGUAUAAUUUUCAAACAUAUUUACUGGGCAAAAUAUGAACAAAUUAUAUAGUAGACAAGUUAUGGAUGUCUUGAAAGUAUGGCUCCUUUGGGGACAUUAGUCCUGCAAUUUACAAAGCUGUUCUUUCUAUGAUAUAAGCUACAAUAGCAUUUUAACAAAGAAAUCCAUCCUGGGACUUAAUGGAAUAGUUUAUCAUUCCUACGAUAAGCCAGUGUAAUUAAAAUGAGUUCCUCUCUGGUAGUAAAGAUAAGAAUAUGCAGAAAUUCCUUGCAUGUUAGAAUUUGAAUACAUGUUGUCCAUAUUUGAAACAAAUGAAAUAUUCAGAACGUGUGUGUAUUUAGUGUUUUACAGGGCGCAAAGUCACUGGUUCAACACCGCAGACUGCAUGUCACGUCUGUUUUAGAAAAGGCAAAAACAGGGGCAGAGCACAGGUGGUUAGCAAGACAGAACAGUGAUCCUUACGUAAAGGCUGCACAUCGAAAUAACUACCGUUGCCGGAGCGCCUUCAAACUCCUUGAGAUUGAUGAGAAGUAUAAAAUACUGCUCCCGGGACAUCAUGUUAUUGACUGCGGGGCUGCACCCGGAGCCUGGAGUCAGGUGGCUGUUGAGAAAGUAAAUUCGUUGGGUGAAGGUGAGUGUUGAAGGUACUGAAUGAUAAUAAAAAUCCUGUGUUAGUGAGUUCUAAAGUUUAAAGGGACACUAUAGUCACCCAGAUCACUUCAGCUCAAUGCAGUGGUCUGGGUGCCAGGUCCCCCAGGUUUUAACCCUUCAGAUGUAAACGUUGCAGUUUCAGAGAAACUGCAAUGUUUAUAUUGCAGGGUUAAUCCAGCCUCUUUGUUUGCACAUACACACAUUCACUUUGUUUGCACGUACACACAUUAUUCAGUGAGUUAUGUAUAAAUUUUUUGACUUAAUAAAGUUUAUCUUAUAUUGAUUUCUACUUUUAGAGGUAACCUUAGUGAGUCAGGGUGGUUUUCUUAGUCCAAAGCUACCAAUCCUCUUCUUUAUUGUUUAAUGUUUAUGCCCUCUUUUACCUCUAUAACCCUUAUCUAACCCCGUGGCUGGGUAUUCCUAUCCUGGGGUUACUCCUUCGUACUCUAGUGGCUGUCUUCCUGACAACCGCUAGAGGUGCUUCUGUGAUGCUGGAUGUGAAAAUCGCGUUCAGCAUUUGCAGAACGUCCAUAGGAAAGCAUUGAGAAAUGCUUUCCUAUGGACUGUUUGAAUGCGCGCGGCUCUUGCCGCGCAUGCGCAUUCCGCUCCACUCGGGAGAUGACGUCAGCGGGGAAGGAGAGGACACCAGCGCCGAGGGAGCCUGGCACUGGAUUAAAGUAAGUAAGCCAAGGGAGGGGGCCAUAACGGUGGGGGAGACCUAAGGGUUAUAUAGUGUCAGGAAAACGAGUUUGUGCUGAGCAGGUUGGUGAAUCAAUUAUUGGGUGAAGGUGUACAUUGGUAGUGUACAUGGUAGUUAAAGGAUCACUGCACUGUGUACAUUGGUAGUGUACAUGGUAGUUAAAGGAACACCAUGUGUUAAGGUGAUAGAUUAUUAAAUAAUUAUUAUUAAUUAUAUAGCGCCAGCAAAUUCCCUAGCGCUGUACAAUAAUGGGACCUAAAUUGCUAGUAUGUAUGUGUGUGUGUAUAUAUAUAUAUCUUGUUGUUGUUGUUGUUGUUAUUAUUAUUGCGCCAACGUAUUCCGCAGCACUUUACAAUCAUAGAAUGGUGAUAAUUAACAGCAAAUUGACAUACAGAGUAUUGGCAUAGACAAAGAUGGAGAAGGCCCCGCACAAACGAGCUUACAAAAAAUAUUUACAUAAUGGCUGUACGUAAGGCGUUGUCGGUAAACGGCUCCUGUACCGCCCUGUUCUAACAUCUGAUUAAUACCUGUACUGUACCCCAUCAGCUCUUUCCUUUAUGUUAUUAACAUGGGAGGGGGUGGUACAACCCUUAUUUGACAUCUCAGACAAAUGUGCACAUAUUCACUUGACGAGCAAAAAAAUGGGUUGCAAGAGUAUACUGAGAACGGGCAGCAGCUGAAAUAGCCUGCCCUUCGGUGGGUCCCCGUUCAGAGAGAACGUGCUAGCAUUUCGGAUCUGGACUGCCCGUAUUGGGUGGGACCAGUCUGAUAUGCUUCAGAUAUGUUCUCUCUGUAAUGGCACAAGAUGAGCUAACACCAGCUUGAGUUCUGAGUGGGGACCCACCGAAGGGCAGGCUAUUUUAGCUGCUGUCCGUCCUCAGAAUACUCUUGCGACCCAUUUUUGCUCUCCAUUAGUUUAAAGGGUAAUCCAGACGUGAACCGCUUGCUCACGGUGCCUAGGGAGAUAUCAGCUAUGCCUCACUGAUGAUGCCUAACAAGGCUGAAACGAUCGUCUGGGGUUGCUGUAUCUCUCGUGCAGAGAGAACUUGCUGGCAUUACGGAUCUGGACUGCCCGUAUUGGGUGGGACCAGUCUGAUAUGCUUCAGAUAUGUUCUCUCUGUAAUGGCACAAGAUGAGCUAAAACCAGCUUGAGUUCUGAGCGGGGACCCACCGAAGGGCAGGCUAUUUUAGCUGCUGUCUGUUCUCAGAAUACUCUUGCGACCCAUUUUUGCUCUCCACAUUCACUUGACCAUCCAUGUGCAUUUAUUCAUACCAAGUGUUAACCUACCAACUACAUAUUUUUUGUUUUUCCACUUACAGGUCCACUUUAUGUGUUGCGCUGUUUUUAAGUAAUUUAUCCUAGAUUUAAACAUAUUUACCAUGGACCUCACUAAGCAUCUUUUAGCUGAGGGAUUCUGAGCAAAAGAGGUGAGAUCCAUUCUACAAAACACUGGGUGCUUUGAAAUAAGGUUUUACUCUCAACCUGGCAACGGUUAAUUCCCUCUGAGAAAUUAUCACUGAUUGCAAGGUUAGAGGUGUGCGUAUAAAGCCAUCUCUUGUCCUGCACUGGCUAUCAGAAAAAUGUUAAUGGAAAACUUCAAGCACCAUAACCACUACAGUGCUUUGUAAUAGUUAUUGUGCAAGUUCCCUGGUGCUCCCCUAUUGUAAGUAGUCAAACUGUUUUAUAAUGGCUACAGGAGAGCCAGAAGAUCUCUGUCUGCGCUAAGCCUGACAACUCAUAGCUUAAAAGGACACUGUAGGCAACCAGAUCACUGCCGCUCAUUGAAGUGGUCUGGGUGCUGUGACCCUUUUGCACUUAGUGCUGCAAUGGUAAACAUUGCAGUUCCAGAGAACUUCAAUGUUUACAUUUCAGCUCUAAGUCUGCCCUUUGUGGCUGUCUAACAGACAGCCACAAGAGGGCUUCCGGAAUCCUAACAGACCUUUGGUCCAUUAUCGGACGCUGGACGUCCUCACGGACCUCCAGCUCUAAUGCGCGCGCGCGCAGCCUUUGCCUUCAGCCCCACGGGAGUGCUAGGGAGGGGCGGGAUCUAUUAACCCUAUAGUGCCAGGAAAACGGCUUUGUUUUCCUGGCACUAUAGGAUCCCUUUAACUCAUUCAGCUGAAACUCUCAGGCAAUGGGCUUAGCCCAAGGGAGCUAACAAAAGCUCCUAGACUGGAGCUUUUAUCGCUACUACAGCUGUAGUGAUGGUGGGGAUUGGCAGCUGUUCUAAUACGGUUUGACUAUUUAAAAUGAGGAAGCACCAGGGCAUUUGUGGCACCAUCACCCUAUAGGGAUGGGGUAUUGGUAAAACAACCACUUUUAGGAUUGUGCAAGAUCAUUUAAAACACAAAAGUUCUGAGAAAAUAUAAAAUAGAUAUUUGUAUGUAUUUUUUUUUAUCCCUGCUUUAGAAGUGAAUCUUCUAUCCGUAACUUGUAUUUGCAUUGAAUUUCAUUUGUUGUUCUAGAUCUUAAAGCAAGUUUUGGCUUUGUGAUCGGACUUGACCUUCUUCACAUCUCACCGCUGGAAGGAGCAGUAUUACUCUCUCAUUCUGAUGUAACCGACCCAGUAACCCAAAAUAAAGUCAUUGGCCUUCUCCCUUCGGGAAAAGCAGAUGUCAUCCUGAGUGAUAUGGCACCUAAUGCCAGCGGAAUACGAGAAAUGGAUCAUCAAAGGCUUGUCAGCAUGUGUAUUUCUCUUCUGGACUUGUCUGACAGAGUUUUGCGCCCCGGAGGCAGCUUUCUCUGCAAAUUGUGGGAUGGUAGUGAAAGCAAUGUAAUACGAGACAAACUGCGCCAGAGGUUUCAGGACGUGAGAAACGUAAAACCCAAAGCCAGCAGGACAGAUUCUGCUGAGACAUUUUUAUUAGCAAGACUACACAAGAAGAACCCAUCUUCAGUCCCCUAAAACUGGAACUCAGUUUAUCAUAAAGCUAUAUACAUUUAUUUUAAUAAAGUAAUCCUAUAUAAACGAACCGUUCACACUAGCUCUCUCAAUAUAAAAUGUUU